AUGUUGGCUGCCAUCACAUUUAAUGUGGCUACAUCCCUAGAGCCAUGUGCUGUCACAUUAGAGCAGCCACACACGGGAGACAAAUCAACCAGGGAACUCAGAAAGAUGAACAAAAGUCAAGCUUUCCACAAAGAAACCCAGAAUAGUCCACCAAAGCAUGUAUUUGGCAGCUGGAGCAGUUGGCAUGUAUGGGCAGCUGGAGCAGUUGGGCAGUUGAGCAGUUGGGAGCAGCUAAGAGAGGUAUGCUUCACCAGCCAAAAGGGAGGAUGA